AUGCUUAAGGUGAUGCGAUUGCUUGGAGAGUUUGGGAACGAUAGUAUGAGAACUAUUCCAGAUCAUUACAUACUCAAGCGAUGGACGUUGGAGGCGAGAAGGAAAGAAGUUGGUGAUGCUGAUGCUUCAGGCGAUACUUCACAUAGUCAGGAGAACGAGACUGGAAAAGGAGAUAUAGCAAUGAGGUACCGAGAAACCACCGCAAUGUUUAAUCAGCUCGCAACAAAAUUGUUAAUGGCGGAUGAGAAAGUGUACAACAGGUGGAUGGGAGCAUUGCAGAAAGUGUGCAAGGAGGCAAACAAGGCAUUGUCAAAGACUAUAACUAGCGAGGACGGGAAUAAUGUACCAACAAGUGGCCUCUCUCUCAAGGAGAAGAGUAAUCCAAGGAAGCACGGCAAGGAACGUUAUAAGUCCACGAAUGAGAAAGAGCGUCGUCGAAAGAAGAUUGUCUAUGGAAAGAGAUUGAAAGCAUUGGAAGUGCUCACGCAGGAAAACCAUUUUCAACAUGAUGACCAUCUCACUGACUUGGAAGACGACCUUGCUGAAUUUGGGUGUGGAUAUUAG